GUCUGGUUUCAAAAUCGUCGUGCAAAAGCUAAUCGUGCUAAAGCAAAUGAACAUAAUGCUUCGCACCAACAUCAUCGAUUCUUACAUCAUCAUUCCGUUUCAACAGCUCAAGCUGCUAGUGGUCAUGCUUCUUCUAUUGGCAUGAUCAAUCCUGGAAAUUUCACUUUUGUUCCAAUGUUUACAAAUGGUGGCCCUUCAGCUGGUUGUCCGGCAAAGGGUCGUAACAAUCGAAGACACUCUUGUGUUACUUCUACCAUUAAUUCUCAGAAAAAGUCUUCCCAAAAUUCUCCUUUCACUAGACAAAGAGCUGCCACUGUUACUGACCAUCAACUUCACCAUGUUUAUGGUCAUAAUCAUACCGGUCAUACCGUUCCCCCUUCCCCUGUUUCUCCUACUACUCCAAUUUUACCUCCUCCUAUUCCAUCUUCACAUUAUAUGUUACCUGGUCUUAAUCCUUGUACUCUUCCACCUCCUAUCGUUCCUCCAAUUAAAGAUCUUCUUGCUCCUCCUUCUGAUCUAUAUCAAUCUGGUCAACAUUCUUUGACCUCGGUUCACCAUCAAUCUUAUACUCAACCUCACCAUUCAUAUCCUUCAGCUGUUGAAUCUCAAUCAACUCUUUCUUCAGCUGUAUCAAAAACUUCUCCUAUUGAUAUUCUUGCCACAGCUGCUGAGUUUGUUCAAAGUGAGGAAAAAGAAAAGGAACGCCUUAGGGCCCUUGAAGCUAUGAAACGAGAUGAUGAGAAUGAUGAUUCUCAGAAAUCAAGCGUUUGGAGACCUUG